CGGCAGAGUGUCUGGGACUGGAACAGCGGCGUAACUGCAGCUUUUCUCGUAUUUAAAAUAAACAACGGCCGAGCAGCAGAGUGACAGAGGAACACUUGCAACUAUAGUCUUGAAACCUAUUACAAAUAUGCAUUAAGGAAAUGCUAAACAACCAUACAUCCAAGGACUACUUUCAUUUCUGAGAUAACUAUCAGAAGGCUUUUAAAGCACUCUUGGAGUUGUACAAUUUUUGAAACUGUGAAUCAAGAUGAAGAAAUAUCUUACAUGAGCCUUAAGUACUGAACUAUAUAGAUUUUUUUCUCAAAAUAUGAAUCGAUACACAACUCUGAAACAGUUAGGAGAUGGCACAUAUGGCUGUGUGCUUAUGGGAAAGAGUAAUGAAUCUGGAGAAUUGGUGGCAAUUAAAAGGAUGAAGAGGAAAUUCUAUUCCUGGGAUGAAUGUAUGAACCUCAGAGAAGUUAAGUCACUAAAGAAGUUAAAUCAUGCAAAUAUUAUCAAGCUCAAAGAAGUUAUAAGGGAAAAUGACCAUCUUUACUUUAUUUUUGAAUACAUGAAAGAAAACCUCUAUCAGCUUAUGAAAGACAGAAACAAGUUAUUUCCUGAAUCAGUCAUUAGGAACAUAAUGUAUCAAGUAAUACAAGGAUUGGCAUUUAUCCACAAGCACGGAUUUUUUCAUCGUGACAUGAAGCCAGAAAACUUGCUCUGCAUGGGUCCAGAUCUUGUCAAAAUAGGAGACUUUGGGUUAGCCAGGGAGCUAAGGUCGCGUCCACCCUAUACAGACUAUGUAUCCACACGAUGGUAUCGUGCUCCUGAAGUUCUAUUGCGUUCCUCUGUCUAUAGUUCUCCAAUAGAUAUAUGGGCAACAGGCUGUAUUAUGGCUGAACUAUACACACUGAGGCCACUCUUUCCAGGAACCAGUGAAGUGGAUGAAAUCUUUAAAAUCUGCCAAGUGUUAGGCACUCCAAAAAAAAAUGACUGGCCAGAAGGUUAUCAGCUUUCAGCUGCCAUGAACUUCCGAUUUCCACAGUGUGUGCCCAUUCAUCUGAAGACACUGAUACCCAAUGCUAGUAAUGAAGCAAUACAACUCAUUAAAGAAGCACUUUAUUGGGAUCCUAAAAAAAGACCAAAUGCUAGUCAGGCACUUCGAUAUCCUUAUUUUCAAGUGGGCCAAGCUUUAGGUACUCCUAAACACUAUGUUCAGCCACCACAGAUACAGAGAAAAACAAUUCAGCCUACAGAACACAAGCAAGAAAUUUUACCAAUGUAUGAGCUUCAAUCCCAACCCCAGCCUUCAUCUCAAUCUCAACUGCAAGGUACAAAUCAACCAUUUCGACAGAUACAAAUCACACAACAAGCUGCUAACUAUCAAGAACCAGAAAAGGAGAUGUUGAAAUUCAAGCAAACUGGUCUUCCCUCCAUUACUAACAACACCUAUUUGACUGAAGUGCAGAAACCAGCCAAAGGAAGUGAAAAUAAUGCUAUGGGUUUCAAAAGUGGCAGACGUCGAUGGGGUCAGAUUGCAGUGAAAACUAUGGACAGUUGGGAUGAUUUUGAUAGUUCUGACUUUGGAGUAUCCUUUUCAAGAAAGGCCACUGUGGUGCCAGUGAAGGAGGAAGGCAAUGACAGACAUCUUCAAAGCUCAGCCAAACACAAACAAAAUCACAACAGCAGAGGAACAAAAACGGUCCCAAAUACCACUGUCCCGAGACUGGAUUCAGGAUUAUCUGCAUCCUCAGCAAGGCAGCAUUAUUUGAGGCAGUCAAGGUACCUUCCAGGGAAUCUAGGAGUGUUUGGUCCAGACAAUACAAUAACUGGCAGUUAUAUUCCAUCCUUUUUCAAAAAGGAAGUGGGAUCAGCAGGGCAGAGAGUUCAAUUUGCUUUUGGUGGACCUUCUGGCAAUCUUGAUGUAUGGAAAACCAAACCAACCCAGCUCCAACACCCAGGCUCCAACUACAAUCCAGCCAAAAUAAAUACUGCUGAACACCUGGCCUAUCCACCACCUAUUCAUCCAGUACAUGGAAGGACUGAUUGGGCAACUAAAUAUGGUGGCCAUAGAUAGCCAUUACCAUCAGAGCUAUUGAUUAGCCUGAAUUGGGAGUUUUUAAUUUGAGAAUUUGUCUCAAGGACCAUCAUCCUGAGCUAGUUCAGAACAUCUUAUUCAAUUUUUUUUUCUCUAUUUGAUAACUGAUAGGAUUAUUUGUUAACUUGGAAUCAAGUAGAUCAUCACAGUUCAAGAUACAAGCUAUUUACACUUUGAUAUGGAUAUGAACAGCAGCUGUAAGCUUGUUGCAAUGUUCUACGAAGUUAAUUUAAAUUGUAAUAUUUAAAUUGAUUUUACUAAGAAUUAUAGAUUAAAUAUUUUCAUACGUCUUGCAGAUGCUACUCAUGCCAUGUAAAUACUUAGCAUUAUGAAUUGUCUUAUCUUAAUGCUGAAUAGAAUGUAAAACUUUCUUUCAUGUUGCAUUAUUUUGCACUGGCAUCAGUAUUUCUUGCUAAACCUGAAGAAUAUAGGCACCAGAGGAAGAACUACUGAUCAUUCUCAAUGAAACCCUGUAUCUUAAGCAAAAAAUUCUUUAAGGUGUGUGGUAACAGGUACAAGAUGAAAUUCUUAAAACUCUAUUGUAUAUUUAAAAUGCUUCUUUGCAGAGAAGAGACCAAGUUCCUUCAGUAAUGUUUGUAGUGAAGCAAUUACAAUGGUUAUAAGGUAUUUUAGUAAAUAUCUAUUGAUUUACUAGAGUUUAAUUGUCAUUUUUCAUGGAAAAAGGAAAUUAAUUAAUGCAGUUUACCUCUCCACUCCGUGCAAUGCCCUGUAACAAUUCAAAAGUGUGUCAGUGCAGGGGUCCAGCGAA